AUGUUCAUUGGCUCAUUCAGUUCCUCUCAUCAUGAUCAACAAGCUGAAGAUAAAGAGGACCCCAUCAGCAGCUCAGAUCUGCAAUUUAUCCCAGCAAACCCAUCUCAGCCACCACUUCCAAAUGCAAUCCACAUGCCCCAAUUACUCAUUCGUUGCGCUGAGCUCACCUCUAGGUCCGACUUCUCCGCUGCUCACCGCCUUAUCUCCAUUUUGUCCACUAACUCCUCCCUUUAUGGUGACUCCACUGAGAGAUUAGUCCAUCAGUUCGCUAAAGCCCUCUCUCUCCGCCUCAAUAAUUUUUCAUCAUCAUCUGGUGCUAGUACUGCUGGUCUUGUUGCUAUAAACACUAGUGCCUCAUUAGCAUCAACAUCAGCUGUUGUUACUAGAGCAGCUACUAGUAUUAGCAGCAACAUUGAUAUUAAUGCCGACACAGAGAUUAUGUCUGAGUCUGAUGAUUCUCUUCAGUCUUGCUAUCUAUCCUUAAACCAAAUAACCCCAUUCAUAAGAUUCAGCCAUCUGACAGCUAACCAAGCCAUCUUGGAAGCUAUAGACGAAGGCCAACAGGCCAUUCACAUCUUGGACUUUGACAUCAUGCACGGCCUUCAAUGGCCUCCUCUUAUGCAAGCCCUUGCUGAGCGUUCCUAUCCUCCUCCAAUGCUUCGAAUCACCGCCACAGGGAACGAUCCCAACAUUCUACACAGAACCGGUGACCGACUCUCCAAGUUUGCUCAGACUCUGGGACUCAGAUUCCAGUUCCACCCACUCCUCAUCGUCAGCAAUGAUAUUAAUUGUAUUAUUGAUCCCUUAGCGCUUGAUCUCCACCCAGAUGAAGCCCUUGCUAUCAACUGCGUGCUUUAUCUUCACAAGCUACUCAAAGAAGACUCUCGUGCGCUACGACUCUUUCUCCACAAAAUCAAGGCCUUGAAUCCCAAAGUGGUUACCAUUGCAGAACAAGAGGCUAACCACAACCACCCUGUUUUCUUGCAGAGACUUGUGGAGGCUUUGGACCAUUACACCUCAGUCUUUGAUUCUCUGGAGGCCACUUUGCCUCCUAAUAGCAGAGAGAGACUCGCUGUGGAGCAAGUGUGGUUUGGAAGAGAGAUCAUGGACAUUGUGGCAGCUGAGGGAGUCAAUAGAAGAGAAAGGCACCAGAGAUAUGAGGCUUGGGAAGUUAUGCUUCGGAGCUCAGGGUUUUCCAAUGUUUCCUUGAGCCCUUUUGCACUUUCGCAGGCUAAACUCCUCCUCAGGCUCCAUUAUCCUUCUGAGGGUUACAAGCUUCAGAUUCGCAACGAUUCUUUGUUCCUUGGUUGGCAGAAUCGAGCCCUUUUUUCUGUAUCUUCAUGGCACUAA